AUGAAAGUCUACUCGCUCAACAGUUCAGGAACACAAGAAAGAAUUAUUGCGUUUAUUUUCUUGGCAAAUUACCACCCUGCUUAUGCAAACUUAACAAUAUCGAAAUCAACAACUUUACCGAAAUACAACGUUACUAUGGCCGAAAACCAGAAAAGUUCGACUUCUUCUGUUCGACUAGGCUAUCUAAGCGGACGAAAACAACGUAUCGAAUGUUGGGCAUCGCGUAGAACGACUCCGACUCAACAUAGCACCGCAUCAGCAGCAACUGCUUUGUUAGGAACAGCUUCUGCACAAAAACGAUCUGAGAGUUCAUACAAACAGACGAAUCGACUGCUCAAUGUUCAGCUACUUCAGUUAGGUAUGGAAAGACAAAACACGAUUGAUCAACGAACAUUCGAACAAAAAGGAUUCAUUAAUAGACAAACCUUGCGACAUAAACAUAAUCAAGCAAUGAUCGACAUAUUGAAUUAUGUUCGUCAAUGUUGUAAAUAUGCAGAUACACAUGAGAGUCAAGGGAGUCACUCAAGUUCAAGUGAACAAACAAAAAGAACGAAACGAAGUCUUUCAAAAUCGUCAUCAUUCACGAGAUCGCCGCCGGCAAAACGUAGUUUAUCGGCAAGUCCCUAUGUACAAGCAGCUGCUGCGUUGAAUCAAGAUGAAAAUGUGAUGAUCGAAACGAAUGAACCACGUCUGACCACUGAAAAUACAGUAGCUGAGCCGCUGAUAGCCAGUGAAAUACCGGUAAAUGACGACGAUGAUGAUGCUCAAAAGCGGCGUGUUCAAUUUCAAAUGAAUACCGAUUCGAGUGAAGUUCAGCCAACAAGUUUGCUCCUUGAUUCGAGUACAAAUGAUGAAAUAAAACCAAAGCAACGAACGAUAAUCUCUGCACCCAUUACUCUCUCAAUUAAUUCCUUGCACAAGGGUCGUUCAAUAAAUUCAGCACCUUUCACACGAACAGUAUCAUCCGUACCGACAUCGAGUCUUAGUCGAAGUUCACAGUCGUUGGUUCCCAAACGACCCCCAUCACGAUUUAUCGUAUCGAAGUCGUCUCUUCGGGAUUUUCGGCUUCAUCCAGAAAAAUAUUUAAGUCCUUCAAACUGCUAUUUACCACUACUUCGCCGCCAAUCCAUCGAAACGAAGACAAACGAACGCUUGCCACGACAGUCAACAAACCUAUCGCGAUCUACCACAGGUCUUUCACUAGAACUCGAUGCACCUUUUGACGAUGCCAAGUCAUUUCUCAGCGAUGAUGAUACAGGAAAGCCUAUUGUUCAUCCACAACUAUCGUCGUCAAAUGAACGUGAACGUAGACACAUGAAUGUCCCGUUACCUAAAAGAGCUAACCCGAUAAAUAACAGUGCAAACAUUCCUGAGUCACAUACGGCAACUAUGGCUCGACUUCGUCAACGUGAAUAUACUCGUUUAAAUAAUUUAGUUCGUUCGAAACUGAUUGAGAAAGUUAUUGCACCGUUAUCAACUGUAAAAAACGAUGAUUGCGACGAGCAAAGUGUAAAACAAGAUUCAAUUUUGCAUGAUCGGCAGUCGUCAUUUAGACCAGCUCGAGCACGUCAACUUGCAGAUAUCUUGCGUUCGAUUGAUUCAUUGAACUGCGCAGACACUCAUUUACAUUCUAAUCAGUAUCGUUUAAACGAAGAAGGAAAANCUUUAGGUCAUCGAUGGAAUACGCCCGAUUGUUCGACAGUCGAUACACGACGUCAUUUUCUGGAAAGAUGCAUCAAUCAAUUGAAUGAAACAUUGAAUGAUACAAUGGCUUAUUUACCAAUCAAUUAUAAUGAACAAACAUCGUUUGAGGGAAAGGCACUCUAUGAAAAUUGUUCGGAAAAAUUAACCCAACAACGAAUCGUGUCACCGUCGCAAGAAUAUUUCCAUUUACAAGUGUACCGUCUGAAUCAAACACGUAAUCUGACUUUAGAACAUCCUGGCAAUGUUAACUGGGAAAAUGUCGGAUGUCUUGCUUUGAUCUAUCUGAUCUGCUAUUUUUCAAUGUGGAAAGGAGUCAAAACAUCAGGCAAGGUUGUCUGGUUCACGGCACUGUUUCCCUAUGUUGUAUUGACAAUACUGAUGAUACGUGGUCUUUUCCUGAAUGGAUCAAUGAAAGGCAUCGAAUAUUAUAUACGUCCGGAUUUAAGUAAACUCAGUGAAGCAUCAGUCUGGGUUGAUGCCGCAUCACAAACAUUCUUUUCUUUGGGACCUGGUUUCGGCGUCCUAAUGGCAUUUGCAAGUUACAAUGAUUUUCAUCAUAACGUUUUUCGCGAUGCAAUGAUCACAGUUGCAGUCAAUAGUUUAACAAGUUUUGCCAGUGGCUUCGUCAUCUUCAUGUUUCUAGGUUACAUGAGCGAAAUCUCUGGACGAGCCAUAAAAGAUGUUGCUGAACAAGGUUCGACCCUUGUAUUUAUUGUCUAUCCGGAAGCGAUCGCUACAAUGCCAUGGGCGCCUGUUUGGGCGGUAUUCUUUUUCUUAAUGUUAUUAACACUUGGUUUAGAUUCAUCGUUUGGCGGAAGCGAGGCAAUAAUAACUGCCUUGAGUGACGAAUUUCCGGUUCUCCGACGACAUCGAGAAUGGUUUGUUGGUAUAUUAUUUUUCUUCUAUUUUCUCAUUGGAAUACCGAGUUGUACUGACGCUGGAGUUUAUUUCGUCGAAUUACUACAAAACUAUGCUGCAUUUUAUUCCAUCAUCAUUGCUGUCUUUUUCGAAGCUAUAGCGGUAUCUUGGCUCUAUGGAAUACGGCGUAUAAGCGAGGAUGUCAAACAAAUGCUCGGCUCCAAACCUGGACGAUUUUGGCUGGGAACAUGGUGUAUUGCUGCACCUGUUUUUCUUGGAGGUAUCAUUUUAUCGGGCUUAAUCCAACACAGUAGUCCGACAUAUGGAAAACCAACGGAUCCGUUUUUCUACGAGUAUCCGACAUGGAGUCAUUUACUUGGUUGGAUGUUUGCUUUAUCGUCGGUAAUAUUUAUUCCAGCCGUUGCUAUUUAUCAAUUAUUAAUAGAACAAGGAAGUUUAGCUAAUAGAUUUCAUAUGGCAAUUACACCGUGGAAAGAACGAGCAAAUGCAAAUCAAGAUGUCCUAGUUAGUACCAAUCAUGUAGCAACAAAAUACAUUACGGAAGAAACGAUUUAA